AGCUGUCGGGCAUACAGCGGAUGGGGUUUGUCCUCCUGCCUUAUAGAACUCAGAUCUGAAAGAAUUUUUGAUUUCUUUUCACUGCUGGAACUGUGUCAGUACGCUGUUCCAGGUUCGGUUCUGCCACACAUCCAGCAUGGCUUCAAAGAAGGCUGCAAAGUCAAGCACAAAAGGCAAAGAUGCAGGUAAAAUCCCGUUAUCUAGUAAGAACGGGAAGAAGCCGGACUCUGGUUCCAGCAGCAGCAGUUUCUUCACCUGGUUCAUCGUGCUGGCCCUGCUCGGUGUCUGGACCUCUGUGGCUGUGGUCUACUUUGACUUGGUCGACUAUCAAGGAGUUCUAGACAAGGCUAAGGGCAUACAGAUUAACCUGUCUGAAACAUUGCAAGGUAAACUGGCGGCGUACGACACUGAUGGCGAUGGCGACUUUGAUGUGGAGGACGCUAAGGUGCUUCUAGGACUGAAAGAAAAGGCUGCUGACGCCUUCACCCGUAGUGAGGAUUCUGCUCCUGCUGUGGAUGCUGAGGAACCGGAACCGACACCAGAAGCCAUAGUUGAACCGGACCCAGAGCCUGUGGAAGAUCUGACUGAGGAUGAGAUUGAAGCUGCUGUGGUAGAGGAGACUGCAGCGCCCUCACUAGAAGCUGAACCUGAAGUACCUGCUGACCCUAAGAUGGUGGAACCAGAACCAGAACCAGAACCCAAGAAGAUUCCUGAGGUGAUAGAGGAGGAUCCAGAGGUGCUUGAGGAGGAGCUUCCUGCUGCACAGGAGGACACACCUGUGGAGGAGGAGGCAGCUGAGGAGGAAACUGAGGAGGCCAGGGAUGCAGAACACACCGAGAACUCUGAUCAGCCCACAGAGGAGGAGAAACCUCCUGCUGGAGUUCUGGAGGAGCCAGUUCACCAGCAGGAGGACGAGGAGGAGGAGGAUGCUCCCGCUGAGGAAGAGGCAGAGGAGACCUUCGCAGAAGAAGCUGUGGAGAGCGUAGCUACCACAGAAGAAGAGGAAGAACCUGUGGAGGAAAUAGGAGAAGCUCCUUCAGAGGAGCCUGAUGGGGAGGGGCCUGCAGAAGAAGAAGCUGGACACUCAGAGGAUGUAGCUGAGGAGGAGACAGAGCCCCCAGAGGAAGCUGUUGUAGAAAAACAAGAAGCAGCUGUGGAGGAAAAGGAAACUUUCUCAGAAGAACCAACCAUAGCUGAUGACAAGAAGGAGCCUGCAGAGGAGGAGGAGCCUGCAGAGGAGGAGGAGCCUGCAGAGGAGGAGGAGCCUGCAGAGGAGGAGGAGCCUGUAGAGGAGGAGGAGCCUCUAGAGGAGGAGGAGCCUCUAGAGGAGGAGGAGCCUGCAGAGGAGGAGGAGCCUGCAGAGGAGGAGGAGCCUCUAGAGGAGGAGGAGCCUGCAGAGGAGGAGGAGCCUCUAGAGGAGGAGGAGCCUGCAGAGGAGGAGGAGCCUGUAGAGGACGUGAGGGAGGUUGAAGAAGCCACAAAUGCCGCUGCUCUGGAGGAAAUUCCUGAAGAAUUAGAGGAGGAUCAAUCAGUUCCAGAUAAAGGAGAGGAAGCAGAGGAAGCAGAAACGUAGAGGCAGCAGCGCUCACUGUGCUGAUGGAGCCGCUGAUGGAUCAGCGCGAUCUGAGCUCGCUCAGAGUCAUGCAUUUCUCCACGUACAGAGAAAUCUCCAUGACAACCCCACCCCCAUCUUCACUUCCUCUUUUUAAAAUGUUCCUUUAGUAAAAAUGUGAGACUUUGGAUAAAUUGUUUGCUACAACGGUAUUGCUGUUUGUUUUUCCCCAUCCUGUAUUUUCAUCAUUCCUUUCUGUUUGUUGUUGGGGGGUUUUUUGGGGGGGGGGUUUCAGCAACAUAAGUUGCUCGGAGUUUGGGAAUGUUUGGGAUAUGUGUGUGUCUACCUGCAAUAUCAAACUAUUUCUUAGCUUCAUUUUUGAGUUUUUCUGUGUAAUAAUUUUGUUUUAGAGCCAGAUUCUGCUGCAGUUUAAUUAACGUUAGUGAUGAAGUCAAACUUUAAUCUGAAACGUUGGUCUGAAAGCAGCCAGAGCACUUUUCCUGUCUCCUGACUAGAACCUGGUUCUGUGUUCAUGCAGUCAGUCCAGUCGGCUCUGCUCCUUCUUUCAUGUAAAUGUUGAGGUCAGCUCUGGCCACUUCUGAUCCUAUGCAAAGGUGAGGCAGCAUUCACCUCACCUCACCACCCCCACACCUCCCUCUGCCCGCUCCAGGCCAGAUGAAUGACCACUCCUGGAUGAGCCAUAUGCUAGGACCUGCACUCUGACAGAAAACUCUGUGUGUGUGUGUGGGUGUGUGUGUGUGUGUGUGAGUGAGAUUGAGUUGUCUGUUGAGCGUUUAUCCAAUCAGUUUUUUCUGAGCCCUUGUAAUCAGGAUGUCUUGGUUUGAGACUUUACCUCUUCUUCCUCCUGUCAGUGUGACUGACUGACUAUUUGUUCUGUAAGUUCUGUUUCUCUGGUAUCAUCACCUGAACAGAAAACAAGUUGUCAGAAGUUUUAAAGUGAAGCUUCAGUCCUGAAGUGUGAACUGUGGCUUCAGGCUGCACUGAAGCAUUUUCACUCCAUCACAUCCAAUCCUUCUGACUCAUGGUGUGUCAAAUAGAUCAGCCAUUAUAUUUUUGAGGAAACUUCAGCCAGGAGUGUCCCAAUACAACUUUAUCAGUUUUGGCUAAUGCUGAUAUUAACCAGAUGCAAUGUCAGCACAAAUUAAAGAGACUUUUAUUACUUAUUUUGUAGUGUGCAGUGUUUGAAAAGGCUUGAUCAAGUGAUUUUACUCCAGUAGUCAAAACAUGUAUGAGGACAACCGACCCAUUUAUUGUUAAAUGUGACUGCCUGUGGAUGGAGAUAGUGCUAAAUGCUCAGAAUGCUAAAUAUCAGUGUGCUUCUUCCAGAGGUUUUAAAUGCAGGCCGAUAUAAUCUGAUGCUCAUCUAUCGGACCAGUUUCUGAUACCGGAUCGGGACACCCUUAGCUUCAACUAGCUGUGAGUCGAAUUGUGUUGUUUAAUUCCCCGUUCUGUCUUAAAGGGAUAACUUUUUAUUAUUCCACCAUUUUCUUUUACCUUCAUGACAUACAAACCUGAUUAAAUAUUUUCCUCCAAAUCCAACCAUGAUUGAUUUUAAUGUCCAUAUACAGAACUGUAUUCUGAAUACUGCAGAAGCUGGCUUGUAAACUGAGCAUCCAUCACUAAGCUUCUGCUGAAAUCCACUGACACGCCACCAAUCAGAGACAGUGAUGAAACGGUCCAGUCCCUGCAGCGCCGCAUUGGUGUCUCUAACCCGUCACAUUGUUGGGGACCUGAGCUGUCCUGUAACUGUUUAGUUGUUUUUUUUUAACUUCCUCAUCCUUUGUAAGUGGCUGUGAACUGAAAGACCUUUUUAGUGUUGAACAUUACAAACUUUACUAAAAGAGCUUCUAGAUUUGUAAAAUGAACCUUUCUAAACGUCAAGAGAAACGGCAUAAAGCCUGUUUUAAGAAGCGUUCUGUUCUAAAGCCAUAAGCUGUGUGACCGGCAGGUUGAAGGGACCAGGCCACUUUCAGUGUGUUAUGAAAUAAACAGUAGAGCAAAAAGUUAAAGGCACAGAGCAGCCAGGUCACACCAGAGAAUCCCUGUGAACCAGAUCUUCAGCACUAAUGAUGAAGACAUUCCCAGCCUGACCCGCCUCAGCAUCAGGCUGACUGGCUGCCUCUGUCUGUGUUCUCUGUUUCAGUCUGCAGACCUGCUGCUCUACUCUGCACAGUGAUUGUGGGGAAUAAAUUAUUGUCAUGCCACCAUGGUUUGUUUUUGAUUUUUGAAGUGGCAUAGUUUUCUGUAAAAACUGUUCUGGGAGCUACAAUAAAAUGUUUGGGACAACA